CUGCCCCGUAUUUCAGGUGUUUUUCACUUUGCGUCCCAAAAUUGUGGAACAUCACUUCUUUCUUUUUGAUCGUUUUCUCUCUCCUCUACCCUGAAAAUCAGGAAGCUCUUCUGUAAAAUGAUUAAGGUAACUUAAACCCUAAUUAAUUUUCCUAAAAGAAGAUCAAAUUGUGCUCUCAAACUUUGGUAAUCUUGUUCUGCACUAGUUUAAAGUUUCCAUCUUGGAUAUAGCCUCUGUUGAUUGCUUAUAACUUUGAUUGACUUCAAUUUUCAAAUCUUAGAAAAUUUUGUACUUUGUUUGUGCUAUAUUGUUCCUUAAUCUUUGAGUUUUUAAACCCUAGGCUGAAAUACUGUGUAAUCAAGGUGUUAUUUUUAGUGGGUUUCUAUUAGCUAGUAGCAACUAAAUUCAUAGGUUGUUGUAUGCUUUUUCUGGGGUUCUUCUAUUCUUCGAUCUUUGCUGAGUGUUGAAGAUGGGGUUUGAAAUUAGGGAGGAAUGGAAUUUGUACUGUUUAGCCGAGGCCUUAUUUGAUUGAGGGAGAUUAGUUCUGUAGUUGAGUUGUUGAAGAUUAAGGUUUUGGGGUUCAUAUAUUGAUGGAUAGACCGCGUUUAGGAGGUGGGUUUUUACCCGGAAUGGGAUCGAAUGGUCGAUUAUUGGAUAUGGAAAUGCCGGGGGAUGAGCUCCAACAAGGUCAGAUGGGUCAUCCAUUGAUGACCCAUCAACCUCUUGAGUUACAUCCCAUGAACAUGAUGAGUGGCAUUGAGAAUGAGCAACCAUUAGGGUUUGUAGAGGCGAAAGGGUUGUCGUUGAAGGGUAUGUCAAUGGAUUUUGGUAAGGGGAAGGGGAUAUCUCUUGGGCGUUCGCUUAGUAAUAAUACUUCCAGUGAAGAUGAGGAGCCAAGUUAUACAGGUGAUGGGCAUGGUGAUAACUGUAAUGUGGGAAAAGAUAAAAAGGAAUCUCCUUGGCAACGAAUGAAGUGGACUGAUAACAUUGUUAGGCUUCUAAUAGCAGUUGUAGCUUCUGUUGGGGAUGAGGGCAUGUUUGAUGCUAAGGAUGGGUUGAAGAGGAAAUCUGGAAUGUUGCAGAAGAAGGGGAAGUGGAAGAUGGUUUCGAAAAUUAUGAUUAGUAGUGGUUGCUGUGUUUCUCCUCAACAAUGUGAGGACAAGUUCAAUGACUUGAAUAAAAGAUACAAGAAGUUAAAUGACAUUCUUGGUAGGGGAACUAGUUGCCAAGUGGUGGAAAAUCCGUCUCUAAUGGAUGCCAUGCCGCACUUGACAGAAAAGGCGAAGGAUGAGGUCAAAAAGAUAUUGAGUUCAAAACAUCUGUUUUAUCGGGAAAUGUGUGCUUUCCAUAAUGGUCAGAGAAUACCUGGCUGUCAUGAUAUUGAUUUACAAGCUCAUAUAAUGCCUCUGGCUACCCAUCCAAAUGAAAACAAUGUUUCUGAGGUGCAUGAAGCCGAUGAAAAUUAUGAAUCAGACAGUGAUGAGUCGUAUGAAGAUGAUGAAAAGAAUGUUGAUAUCAAAUCUGGAAGGAUGGAGGGUUAUUAUGCUAGAAGCAACGUGAAUGGAGGAAGCUCUAAUUCCUCAUUGUUGCCUGGCAGGCAGGACUGUUAUAGAGUUGAAUUGGAGUCAAUGUUUCAAGAUGUGGCCAAAUCUCCUGCAGAACAAAGAUCAUUGAUUCAGCAACGAAUGUGGCAACUUGAGGUGGAGAAGGUCAAGUUGGAGGCUGAGGCACUUGAUCUUGAGAAACAGCGGCUUAAAUGGUUGAGAUUUCGCAGCAAGAAAGACAGAGAGCUUGAGAGAUUGAAGUUGGAGAAUGAAAGGGUGAAACUAGAGAAUGAUCGGAUGGUCUUGCUGCUUAAGCAGAAGGAAAUGGUGUUAGGUAUGCCAAAAUCAGAAUUAUCGUUGGAUCCCAUAUCCCUGAGCAUUGAUAGAUUUCAAGGAAGAGAUGGAAUUAAAGCUGAUAGGCAUCUGUAGCUGCUAAAGGAAGUAGGUCAGCUUUCUUACUGACAUAUUAUUUGUAUACCACUUGACUUUAUACAAGCAUAGCUUGAUCUGAGGUGAAGAAUUGUGUGUAAUGCUGUUGAUUUCGAUCUUCCUGAAAUUUUACAUUUUGUUUUCCAGCCCCCAAAAGUGGAGGAACUACCUUAUGCAUGUCUGUAUCUUGUUUUUUUGCUGAAGUUAAUAUACUCUGUAGAAAUUAGAUUCUCA